AUGCCCGUGUUAUUUGGCUUUGUCCUGUUGUCCCUUCUGCUAUUCGAUUUUUACGACACACUCAAGUUAAGAAAGAGCGGAGAUCAUAUCAUCCACGUGUCUGAAAAGGGGGGCUCUUUGGCAACCCCAUGGUCGUUGAGCCAUAGUACGAAUAGAAGGCAUCUCUUUAUUCACAACAAGAAUGGGUUCGAGGGGAGACUACGAUGUGAGAGGAAGAACGCGGGUGUGAAACGGAGGAAGGAGGAGCUGUUCCUCAGUAGGGAGGAAGCGAGGGGUACAAAAAAUGAGAUAGAAAUGGAUACCUUUAAAAUGAAAAUGGAGACGUUUAAGAGUCCCAGUGGCAACGAAUUUCUGUGCGCCAAACUGAUGAUGAAUGAUGAAGAGAAGAGGUUCAUCGUGGAUCUCUCCAGCGACAACAGUUUUCUGUUUUGGCGAGGGGACGACUUCCUCUUUAAAGGUAACCGCAGCAAUGGUGGAUACGCCGGUGAGGCGGAGAGGGGACCCCCUCGUCUCUCGUUUGGACAAGAAGACAUCCAAAAUGUGCACGAAGAGCUGUACCUAAACAAUACAAAAGUACAAGUAGAGAAAAUGAUCAAGGCAAAGGAAAAUAGAGACAAGAAACAUUUUCAGUUCUACUUAAUGGAAGAUAAAGAGAUCGACAAAAAUUUAGAUGGGAUCAUCGGCUUUGAUUUCUUUUCCAACUUCGACACCUUCCUAUUUGAUACGAAGAGUAUGAAGAUAGAAUUAGGUGGGGACGCCGCUUCGAAUUGGAUUCAGCAGUGGGAAAGGAUCCCCGAGGGACACUGUCACAGAGUAGAACUACACAAGUAUAGCAAUCACAUAAAAUAUUUAAGCGUUGAUGUGAAUAAGCAGAUGUAUAAGGGUCUCCUAGAUUCAGGCACUUCAAAGACGCUGCUCAUUAACAAUGCGGUGAAGUUGGAGCCGGAAGAUCAACAUGAUGAAAGCGUCUCUGUUGAGAAUAUACUAAACCAGAGGUUCACCGUGAGAAAGUUAAAAAAGGUUAAUCGAUUUGCUAUCCUGUCGAAGGAGGGCGAAGUAGGGCUGCCCCUUCAAAUGAAGGAAGUCUAUGCAAGUGAAAAUGUCUUCCCGUAUUUGGAUUCCAAUGUGGUUUUGCUGGGCUUGGAUUUUCUCCUAAACCGGAAGUUCCUCUUCGAUUUAAAGAAGGGGACGCUUCACAUAUAUUGUGAAUCGUCUGGCUGUUCAUCGAACCCCAUCAGUGAGGGAAACUCCGUUGGAGAUUCUCCCAUCCCUGGGGAGAUAAAAAACCACCACAGGAUUGACGAACUGGAAGUAGACAAAAAGUGCGCCGAGAUAUAUGAGCAGCUGAAAAAUAAGGAGCUAAGCUUCCUACAUAUAACAAAGGAUCUAGAAAAGGACAACAUAGACAUGCACGAUUGUAAAAGCACUAACGAUGUGAUUAAGAGAUAUGCCAUAAAGGUUCUCUAUGGAAAGGAACAUCUCCCAAGGAGGGAACCAAUUCGAAAGGAUCCCGAGUUUGACCGAAGAUACAAGGAGAUGACUACCUUUUUUAAGAAAUUGUCCCCAGAGGAGAAACAGAACAUGCUAAAUAAGAUGGUUCACUCGUUGCGAAGCGACUACAGAGGGGGUAGGGGGGAGUACCCCCCCGGGGGAAGUGAUGCAACGAAUGAGCAGUACCCCGCGCGUGAUAAUCACGAGUACGAACGGGCAUCCGAAAUAUUAGAAAAGUACGUAACGCACGAAAUGGAGAAGAAGCAAUAUUCUCUGCACCGAUUCAAGUCCUGCAACGCAGGUCGAAGAAAUGAAAAAGCAGUAGAAGACGAAUUCAACCAUUUGAGUGCCCUGUACAAUGCGCACCCAGAGUUUAGCUUCGAGAUAUUAAACGACCUUAGAAGGGAGCUUUCUUCCAAACGCAUCAAUGUGAACGCACUGCAAAGUGAAAAUGAUAUAAUUCGAAAAGUGGCGGAGACACGGGUAUACAAUCAGAAUGGAAAUGUUAACAAGGAGAGUAGAAACAGGAAGAGGAAAAACAUAAUAGUGAGGAGAUUCUCAAAUGAUGACAAUAAUAUACACACACAGAUCAUAAUUAGACGUAAUGGAUUGGGUCCAGAUGACGACGAAAAUGAGGACAAUGCAGAGGAAGGGAAGGAUGGUAAAUAUAAUCAGUACGAAAAUCUCGGAAGGAUGGAUGACCUCUUCCCUAACUCGAUAUUUUCAGGGAUAUUUAAAAACUUCUUCGGGGAUAACCGAAGUGAACAGUACCGUAGUGGGGGAGAGGACAGCGACAGAGAGGCGGGAGAUGAUGAUGGAGAAGAAGAUCACCAAGGGGGGGACUUACUCUCCGAACUGAACAACUUGUUUGGUUUCGGCAACAUGGGGGAGAACUUUUUUAGGAAAAAAAAAAAAAGCGUCAUAGGAUUCAAAACGAAGGACACCACAAACAUGAAUGAUGGUGCAGACGGCGAGGAAAAAAAGAGAAUGAACGGCACUUCCAGCGGCACCUCCGACGACAUUUCCAACGCCAUAAAGGAGGAGAAGGACACAGAUAUUAUAUACUUGCUAAACAAGGUGCAGAAGCUUAAUGACGGUAAUUUGAAGAGCUUCAUUUUGCAGUCGCUCAAGAAUGACAACGUCCGUAGGAUCCUCGUCGACGCGCUCAAGAAGGGCUACCAGAGCGCCCACGAGCAGUGCCGCGCGCAGGGCGACAACAAGGGGAUGUACCUCCUCCAGAUGUUGAAGCAAACAGGCAUCUUCUGA